AUGAAUCAAUUAGAAAUAAAUCUAGCUUUAUGGGCAAUAUGUUCCAUAUUACUCUUCGAGAUUUUAAUUAUCAUUUGUCUGUGUCGAUGUUGUUUUAAUCGUAUUCGACCGAGGAAAUUCUAUGUCAAACGGGAAGAAUGUGAAUACUUACACGAUGUUCAAACUGGUAUUCAAUCAAAAUUUCAAUCAACUAUUCUUCGUCCGCCACAUGCUGAUGAAUUGGCACUUGUUGGCACUAUACGUGGAAGUAAACCAGCGAUUACUUACAACGAUGGCUUUCAGAAUCCAGCGUUUUCUCCUGAUGACGAACAAGAACGUAUUCGACGAGCACAAUCACAAAAUUGGAUUGAACUUCAAUCAAAUAUAAUCAGAACUGCUCAACUACCACCAGCUGACUACGAAAUUCGUACUCGUCCAAUCGCCGAUGAUAUGCGUUAUGCACACGCUCGUCCGCCAGCUAUCCUUGACUUUCACUCCUUGCAAGAGGACUUUUCCGAUGAAAAGAGUGAUUUUGAAAACUUUCGCUUUCAACCACUUCGUCGUCCUACACUUAUUCUUCCUCCGACACCGAGAGUCGAUACAUCUACUGAAUGUCAUGGUAUACAAUACUCUAAUACAGUACCAAAAUCAAUCCUUAAGACACCAACAAAUCCUUCACCUUCACGUAGUCGAACAUCUUCAAAAUAUGAAGAUUCUCCCUAUGUCUCUGCUGGAACAAAUACCGAUCGCUCGACAAAUAUGAUCGAGAGACGAUUUCCAUCUCAAUCUAAUCUCUCUCCUGCCCUUCCAUCACCACCAGCAUAUCGAAUGAGAUUUGCCAGCGUCAGUGAAUUGAACGACGUUGAAUGGGAAGUUCCACGAGAGUUUCAUACUACUAUUCGUGAUCGUCCGAAAAGUCCAACUGAUCACAUCGAUUCGAGAUCACGGAUUUCGUGGCAACGUGAAACAAACUCAUCACAGCCGUAUUCUCUAUUACGAAAUGACCCAACACAGCAACAAGCAUUUGAAUACUAA